AUGACCAAGAAGAACUUUAGCCUAUGUUCCUUUGUGGUUUGGACGCUUUGGCUUGCUAGGAACGAGCUCAUCUUCGAAAGAGAUAAUUGGACCCCUUCUGAUGUAAUAUGCAAAGCUGAAGCUUUCUUUAACGACUUCAAUCGAGCUAAGUCUCAUGAAGAGGUUGUGGAUCAUCCUACUGCUACUCCACCAAGGCAAGAUCAACAUCUAGUUUGGAUUCCUCCCCCUCUUGAUGUGGUGAAAAUUAAUGCCGAUGCAUCAUUUGUUAAAGAUAAGUCUUUUGGUGCCUUAGGCUUUAUCAUUCAUAAUCACAAUGGAUCUCCACUGUUGGCUGCAUUGAAUCCAACACCAAUGCACUCAAUCAUUAGCGGAGAAGCUAAAGCAAUUAAGGAAGGUAUUUUGGAAGCAAUUGGUUUAGGAUAUUUUCGCCUUUGGGUAGAAUCAAACAACCUAGAGGUGAUUACUGCCCUUUCAAACGAUUACAACUUUAUUGCUUUUCAAAUCCGGCCUAUCAUUGAGGAUAUCAGGUUCAUAUGUGCCAACCCUAUAAAGUGCUCAUUUUCUUAUGUUCCAAUGGCUAUUAACGGUAUUGCCGACACCCUUGCAAGGAGAGGCCUGUCCUUCCGGUGUAAGACAGUAUGGCCUCAAUCCACUCCUUGGCUGAAUCAGCUUUGCGAAGCUGAUGUCUUGGCUUGUAACCGGUCCUUUUUUUAA